GAAGUGUGUGACCAAAAUUGGUAGAGGGAGAAGUCGACUACUUCCUUGUUGCAAUGGCGGUACACUAGAUGACUCCGAGAGGGGAGGACUGGACAGAACUUGAUGACGGGAGACGACACGCUCCAAGAAUGUUCUCCAAGGCUUCACUUGAGAAGAAACUCCGACAGGCUGCCGAAUCGGGACAGACAGUCCGGGUGACUUUCCUCAACUUCAUGGUCAGAGAUCUGAACGCGAAGGACGACGCCGGGCACUCUGCUCUGUGGCUGGCGGCGGCGAACGGGAAAACUGGGGCAGUCAGAGCUCUCGUGAGGAAGAAAGCGGACAUGCACACCAUGGAUGGGAAGAGAUGGACACCAAUGUUUGCCGCGGCUGUGAAUAGCCAUAGUGGUGUCGUGAAGGUGUUGGCUAAAGCUGGUGUGCGCCCUGACUGGUUCUACCCAGAGGAGGCCUCGGCUCUUCAAUACGCUUUAUCUGCGGGGAAUAACACCGUGAUUGAGGUCCUGAUAAGAGGCGGUGUGAAUCCAGACCAGCAGCACGGGGACACUAAAAACUCUCCACUGAAUUGGGCUGCUAUCAACGGGCACAAAGACAUACUUGAGAUAUUCCUUAACGGAGGUGCUGAUCUAGAGAAUAAGAACAAACACGGCAACACCCCGCUCCACUCUGGGGUCAUCCGUGGACAGGAAGAAAUCGUGAAGAUUCUACUCGAGCGUGGGGCAAAUGUUGAAAAUGAGAACUUCUACGGGAACACUCCACUCCACAGCGCCGCGUUUCACGGCAAGAAGGACUUAGCGGAGCUCCUGAUACGAUCGGGCGCUAAUGUACAGAGCAAGAACGUCAAUGGCUUGACUCCACUCUGCUCUGCUGCGACGAAUGGUCACAGAGAAGUCGUGGAGUCGCUCAUAGGAGCAGGCGCGGACAUUCAGACUAGGGAUCUUUGGGGAAGCUCGCCAUUGUCUUUCGCUCGUUACGGAGAUCAUGAGGGCAUCGUGGACCUACUGAGGAAGAGUGGAGCUGGAGAAGACAUUCCGGAUGAAGAUUCCGGUGAAGCUGAAAAAGACAUUCAGAAUGAAGAUUCAGACUAAAGACUGGGAAUUUACGAGAUACCUUUCCCAUUGGGAUGAUAAUUCACAAUCAUACAUGUACAGUACUCAUGUAAGAUGUCCACUGCACCACAGUGUACACGAUUUCAGCCGGAUAUCGUUUUUAUAAUAGCAACUGCCCGGUAAUCUCGCGUAUGCCUGCACAAUAGCGUUCUGGCAAUAUAUGAUCCGCCGAAUCACCGUUGACCGACCACCAAUCAUUGUGUUGGAUGAUAAUUAAAGGGAUUGUAAUAAAUGUAGUCUGACGUCACACAAUAACAUAUAAUUGUAACAAAACUGAACCCAUCUCUAGCUGUUUAAUUUCAACAUGAUCUUUCAAUGAAUUCUGAAUCAACAGCAUGUCGCGAUCUACCGCCAUUCAUGAAUCGACAGACAAUGGUUUCAACCAUCGACGGACUGGUCCAUGCUUUGCGGGUAUACCAGGUCCUUGCGGCACGCGCACAUCAACAGCAACUCCCGCCUGAACCUCCUCCCCGCGAUGACGUACAGGAUGAAGUUCGUGCUGUGGUUAAUCCCGACAAGGAUGUCCGUAAUCGCGAACGCCAUGAUAAGUUUUGCCGUGCUAUGCUCAUCCUUCGCCCAGAAAUUCGCGGCUACGUAAAUGCCAAUGGCGGGGGUGACCAUGAACAUGAACAUGAGUGAGAUGGCCAACAACAUGGCCGUCAUACUGUUCGGUUUAAUUUUCCCGCCACUGUCGCCAGGCGUCUUAGAAUUCGUCUGCCGGAUUUUCGACAUUUUCCGCAACUUCCAAAUUAUUGUAAUAUUACAACAGAAUAUGACACCCAUUGGUAUGAGCGCGUAAAAAGUAAUCCCAAUCCACGGGCGGAUGUAUGUUUCGAAAUGUGAGUGAUCAGGCAAGUACCAACAAGAUGCGCUGACUGUUGCGUUACUUCCCGCUGAUGACGUCACAUUUGCGUUGACGUCUGCUGGCGUAUAAGAAAUCCCUCGCGUGUACCACAAAUGAACAUUUUUCACAAUGGCGACAACUAUGAUUAAAAAGACCACAAUGCAGGAACGCACAACCGUACAAAGAUGCUUCGCCUUCAAAGGCAACACAACGGCAAUAAACCGGUCAACAGUUGUCGCGGCUAAAAUCCAAACGGCAACAUCACCGAAUCCGAACAGGAAAAACACAUUCAUUUUGCACACCCAAUCGUAUGUCGUCUCUGCAUCGGGGAAUGCAACUUUUGGCAGAAAUACUGCGUAUACGGUGCCCGCGUCUGCGACGGCCAUCGCUGUGAGGUAAACACUGGUCGGGGAUCCUCUCAUCGACUUCCUCUGCAUGAGGAUAAUGGUCAGGAGACUCCCGAUGGUGCACAGAGGCAGAAAGAUCCACGAGAAGAUUUCGUAGAUUCUCGCUGCGAGUUGGUACUCGUGGUAAGACGACAGCGCCAUGUUACUCCUAAAAAACGAAUGAGACAAGUCAAUUUAUGACAAUUACUUUGCAGCGACUCUAAAGAUGGCGCACAUGGAGUAAUCGACGGCGACCGUCGGGUGACAAAAAUUGAACGAGAUCGUUUAUACGGGCGAUCCUCGUUCCCGGCAAGUUCCCGCAAGUUGGUAAUGAGCUUCAUGUCAUCAAAAAUGAUGGAGGCCUUACGUCAUCUUUCUUUGGGGUUAAUUGUGCCAGAGUCUUUCUAUUUGAAAGACUCUGAUUGAGCUUUAUGGGAAGAUGCCAGGAGUUUGUGGAUCUGGAAACAGUCGAAAGUGGCGGUAUGCCGGAACGUGGCUUUUAUUAUCAUUGCCGGGUUUGUAUGGCCAGGAAUAACUCAUCGGACUGUCAUGGGAGGCGUCUGCAAACAUACGGUCAAUGUUAGCUUGUCAGUGUUGAUCUCAGACCAACAAUCAAUUAUUCUGUGAAAUAAGUGCUUGGUAAUUCUAAAUGCAGUGGCAACGAUCAAAAGAGACAAGCGCUGUUUGUGUGAUUUGAUCGUAGGUCCGGAAAUUAAAUAGAAAUGCAUUAUACAUAGUCAUACACAAUGCCGCAGUGUGCAGUAACUGUUAUCAUGAAUACCACUUAGCUGAAACUUGGUGUAUAUAGCAUAUGUAUAUUUGUCUUCACAACUGCAAUGUUGACAUUUAUAAGCACUAAUUCGUAAUUGCGCAUUGGAAACUUACAAAUUCAACUACAAAGUAUAUAAUUUCUUUUAAGGAACUGCGUUAGCCUUUACUUCAGGUUUCAAUGGCAGUCCAAAAGUGCAUUGGUAUAUUUACAUCAUGAUAUCAGUACACCUAUUGUUUUGCGUGUCAAAUCAGGACCAAUAUAAA